CACGUCGGUCGACGGUUCACCGAACAGCAUCACGAUGUCUUCCGCCAUGGCCUCCCACUCCAUCGCCGCCAACGUCCUCCGCGCGGGCGCGCGCGUUUCCCGUCGCGCGACGGCGAACAAGGCGACCCGCCUCACCGUUCGCGCCGCGGCGUCCGAGCGCACGCUUCCCAUCGACCUUCGCGGCAAGAAGGCUUUCGUCGCCGGCGUCGCGGACGACCAGGGCUUCGGCUGGGCCAUCUCCAAGUGCCUCCAAGAGGCGGGCGCGGAGGUCAUCCUCGGCACGUGGGUCCCCGCGUUGAACAUCUUCGAGACGUCCCUCCGCCGCGGUAAGUUCGACGAGUCCAGGAAGCUCUCCGACGGCUCCCUCAUGGAGUUCGCGAAGGUGUACCCCAUGGACGCGGUCUACGACACGAUGGACGACGUUCCCGAGGACGUCCUCGCGAACAAGCGCUACGCCGGGAACGAAAAGUGGACCGUCUCGGAGUGCGCCGCUGAGGUGGAGAAGGACUUUGGGAAGAUCGACAUCCUCGUGCACUCGCUCGCGAACGGGCCGGAGGUGAUGAAGCCCCUCCUCGAGACGAGCCGCAACGGCUACCUCGCCGCGAUGUCCGCGUCGUCGUACUCGAACGUCUCCAUGCUCCAGAGGUUCGGCCCGCUCAUGAACCCGGGCGGCGCGUGCAUCUCUCUCACGUACCUCGCGUCCGAGAGGAUCAUCCCGGGCUACGGCGGCGGCAUGUCCUCCGCGAAGGCUGCGCUCGAGUCCGACACCCAGGUUCUCGCGUACGAGGCGGGGAGAAAGUGGGGCAUUCGCGUGAACACCAUCUCCGCCGGGCCGUUGGGGUCCAGGGCGGCGAAGGCGAUCGGCUUCAUCGACGACAUGAUCAACUACUCCAUGUCCAACGCGCCGCUGAACGAGAAGCCGCUCACCGCGAUGGAGAUUGGCCAGACCGCGGCGUUCCUGUGCUCGCCGCUCGCGUCUGGAAUCACCGGGUCGACGGUCUACGUCGACAACGGGUUGAAUGCGAUGGGUCUCGCGGGCGACUCCAAGUCGCUCGAGAAGGCGACGGAGUAGAAGCGCAUUCAUUCAUUCUUUGAAGAAAAAAACGAAACGAGUUGGUUGAAGCACGGCGCGAGGGGCGGCGACGCGGGCGCGGGGAGAUGAGAAAGAUUCUGAGGUUCUCUCUCGAUUAGCGAGGAGUGUUUUAGACGGGCGCGCCGCGUGCCUUCGCGAGUGAAUCGCGCAUAUUAAUACGAGCAGCGAGCGCGAAAGCGAAAG